AACUAGGCAAGACACUCAGCCCAUUCGAAUUUUCUGACCGUUGGGGCCCGUUGGAGAGACAAGGUAACCGUUAAAAACCAUUUUCGAAAAAAGAAAAAUUCCCACUCCCAAUUUCCCCUUCAAAUUCAGACAAAGGCCAGCAGACAUCUCUCAACGGGCCAAUGGGCUGUGCUUCUUCCAAACUCUUCCGGAAAGAUCUCCGGCGAGAGAUUGUCCCCGGUGCCGGCCGUUCCUCCGACCAUGUGGUUUCCCUCACUUCCAGCACUUACGGCGUUCUCAAGCUUGACGAAGAACAGCCGCAGCCGCUGGAGGAGCCGCGCCGGGAGGAUCCGCCUGAAGUGAUCAACGCUUGGGAACUGAUGGAAGGUCUAGAAGAGGAAAUACCCGUAUGUUUUGAAUCCAAGAAAAGCCCGAAAGCUCGAGUUUUUCUUCGUGAUUUGGACGCCAGAAGCCCGUUGAAGUUCUUCAACCAGAUGGUUUCGCCGAAGAAGGUGAAGAGAUUUGGAGGGAAAGAGAACAAUUGCACCCCGAAGCAAGCUCCGAAUUCAUGGAAGACGCCGCCAAGUUUGAGAAGAUUUAGCAAAGGGUCCGAAACGGUUCUGAAAUGCAAGAAUUCUAGGACUGAUUCAUGUGGUUUGGUGAAGAGGAGGAGUUUGGGCCGCCUGUUUGAUCCAGAUCUCGUGGCAUCUUUCGAAAAGGAGAUUUCUGAAGAAGAAGAAGAACAGAUCAAGAAAAUGGUUUCUGAAACGCCCAAGAACAGGAAUAGAAGGAAUUCGAGGGAUUGUGAGUCCAUUCUGGAAGUGUUCGACAAAAACUGCCCGCCGGGUGGUGAGAAUGCUGCGGUCAUAUACACAACGACGCUGAGAGGAAUCAGGAAGACUUUUGAGGACUGCAACAGGGUCCGGUCCAUCGUCGAAUCGCACUGCAUUCGGGUGCUUGAGCGCGACGUGUCGAUGGACUCGGGGUUCAAGGAGGAGCUGAGGGGACUAAUGGGGACAAAGGAAGUGAAAGUGCCGGCCUUGUUUGUGAAGGGGAGGCUAAUUGGGGGGGGAGCUGAUGAGGUGGUGAGGUUGGAGGAGGAGGGCAAAUUGGGUAUUUUGUUCGACGGGAUUCCGAGGGCGGCUGCCGGCUGCGACGGCUGCGCCGGGUUCCGGUUUGUGAUGUGUAUGGAAUGCAGUGGGAGCUGCAAGGUGUUGGAUAGUAGGGAUGGGAAGAAGACGGUGAGGUGUGGAGAGUGCAAUGAGAAUGGAUUGAUUCAGUGCCCUAUUUGUUGCUAAAUUUAAGCUUCUUCUGACACGUUUUCUGCUAGUUUUCUGAUCUCUAACUUAUAGAGAUUGCAGUUAGGAAGAAAUUUGAUACAAGAAAUUGGGACCCUAAAAUGGGUUUUAGGGUCCCAUUUUGUGUCUGCUGUCGUUUUGAUUGGGAAUGCUUUGCUUCCUCUGGGAUAUUGAUUCUCCAAUUUUUAUUCAAUUUGAUUCACGGUUCGCAUUGAUCCACAAAGUGCUUCACAUCACCAAAUGCUUUUGAGGUCGUUAAAUUGGAAUGAAAAAGUAUGAAUGCUCUUGCAGUAGAAA